GUUUUUAGAAAUGAUAUUUAAGAUAUUAUAAAGGAAAUUUUUUGGGUCAACAAGCAUGCACUAGGUCAACAUCCUAAUCAUGCAAGACUCACUCGCUCUCCUCAGCCGCCUGCGUAGGCUCGCCUGCCGACUCGACCUGGUCACCAGCCUCAGCCUCGGCUGGCUCUGCCACCGACUCUUCAGCAUCAUCCACCGGGUCUUCGCCAUCAGCGUUCUCCGUCGCCUGCUCGGCGUUCGAAUCCAGAUCAUUGAUAAUGUUGCUGAUUUCCUCGUCCACCUCUUCCGAGGACGACUCGCACUCAUAGCUGAUUGCCUCGCACCCGCUCUCGCUGUCGCAGCUGCUUGCCUCGUAGAGGCUGUAGUCAGGGUCCUCGCUGUCAAUGCUCUUGGGAUAGCAUUUCAGAUCCGUGCUAGAUUCUUCAGAAGACUCGACGCCAAGAUCUUCGGGUGCUCCACCUUCGGCAGCACCAGCGUCAGCGGCAGCACCAGCGUCAGCGGCAGCACCAGUAUCAGCAGCAGCAGCGGCAGCACCGGUAUCAGCACCAGCACCAGCAUCGGCAGCGGCAGCGGCAGCACCAGCGUCAGCAGCAGCACCAGUAUCAGCAACAGCACCGGUAUCAGCAGCAGCACCAGUAUCAGCAGCAGCGGCAGCAGCACCGGUAUCAGCAGCAGCACCAGCGUCAGCGGCAGCACCAGCAUCGGCAGCGGCACCAGCGUCAGCAGCACCAGCGUCAGCAGCACCAGCGUCAGCGGCAGCACCAGUAUCAGCAGCAGCGGCAGCAGCACCGGUAUCAGCAGCAGCACCAGCGGCAGCGGCAGCACCAGCACCAGUAUCGGCACCAGCAGCAGCAGCACCAGUAUCAGCAGCGGCGCCAGAAUCGACAGCAGCAGCACCAGCAGCACAACGUCAACACCAGCACCGGUAUCGGCAGCACCAGCAGCGGCACCAGUAUCGGCAGCGGCACCAGUAUCGGCAGCGGCACCAGCGUCGGCAGCAGCAGCACCACCACCAUUAGCAGGUCCAGCGUGAGCGGGUCCAGAGUUGACAGGUCCAGCAUCUGGGGCACCAGUGUCAGCAGUGGU